CAAUAUUUUCUGACCCACAAAUGCGCCUGUCCAAAUGCUUGCCCAUUGGAUCCCAGAACAACGAUUGCCGAAUCUGCCACAGGUAAGUUACUCAUCGAGGCCUUGAGUAUGAUAGCCUGCGUAGCUGGUGGUGCGUUUUGCGGAAAGGAAAAAUCUGCGCCGAAAACGCGCCCGAACGACUGUUUUUGUCCCAUUCUCCUGGCGGCGUAAAAACCGCCAGCUACCCAGGCUAGAGUAUACCAGCCCGGGCUGUUAUAUUGAGAUUUUAGGCUGAACUAGCUUUUAUGAAAUAGGGUUCUAAAUCAGCCAAGUUUGAGCCUGGCAGUUCUUAUUCAUCAGCAUUUUUUUACAUUUUUUCUGCCCCCUUCCCGCCCUCUGGAAAAUAGGUAGUACGAUUUACCGUGUAGAACCACAUCAUCUUUCAUGUUAAAAGUUGACUUAUUUAUUUACUUAGCUUCGCCUAACUAGAAUACAUUCUUUAUACAUGAAUACAUAAAGAUUAUUAGGCAGGGAGACCACUACAGCCUGACCAAUUACAGUGGAUCCGUCGUUAAUUAAAAAACAAAACAAAACAGUCGUUGAAAAAAAACAAGAAUAACUAGACCUACUGACAUAUAAACAAAAAAAUCAAAAGGAAACAAAACAGAAGUUCAAAUUGCUAGAAGCAGCACGUCGGCGGGCACAGGAGAGUCCUCCCUAUGCUGCACCUGGGACAGACUGUUCUCCAGGUUCUGAUGUCGUCAACGUCGUACAGGUCCAACACCUUAUUGUAAUAUUGAAGUAGUGAACGCUUAAAUGAGGCUAUAGAGAUGUGACUUGUGCGUAACUCAUCAUCAGCGCGGCAGAACAUUCCAUGUGCCGCACCCGCGUAUGUAAAAAUGAGCGUUGAAAAGUAACAGUUCUACUUCGCUUAGGGAUAUAAGUAAUAGCGUUGCUGCUCGAUGACAUGGUAGAUCUCGAUGAUUGUCUAGUUGCAGGCAGAGUUUCACUAUCUAUGAAAACUAAGUUAUUAACAGCUUUAUAGAAAACGAAUAUAUCCAAAAACUCGUGGCUUUUGAUUUCCAGGUUAAUGAUCUUAGACAACUUUUCUUUUAAUCGUUUACCAUCAGAGCUAGCCAAGAUGACGGAAAAACCCUAUGGGAGGCACUGUCCAUUGCUGUUGGAAGUGUUCUAUUUGUGAUACUUGUAAUUUUCGCCACCUUUUUUCGCUUGGUUACAACCCCACAGAAUAGGAACGACCACGGCGAAAGGAAACAUCUCUUUAAUGAUCAAGACAGCGGAAUCGACGAAAGUAGAAACAGUUUUCCUGACUCCAACCUGGGAAAGAGGAUCGCAAACCUUCUGAAUGGUUCACCGCCAGUAUCAAAAAAUUCUAGCGCAAAUAAGAAUAUAAAGGCGCCACCCAAAGAUAUCUUAAAGAAAACUGAACGUUCUAAUGUAGCCGUUUAA